UCCAAUGCUACAAUAGUGGUGGACAUAAUGAGCACUUUUACAUUUGGUAUUCCUGCUUCAGAUAUAUAUGUCUGCUUAUACUUUUGCACUUGCAACAUUUUGUAUGUAGACUUUUACUUGGAGUAUGUUUGCACUGUGGUAUAAAAGACCUAAGUACAUCUUGGACAGAGAGAGAGAGGUGGGGAGAGGCUGCACAGAGAAGUAGGCUCCAAUCUCCUCAAAGGCGAUUAGGAGACCAGGCUGUUGUCUCUGUAGAGCCGCGUCUCUUUUACUUUCUGUUGUAUCUCCACUUUCAAAAGCCUUAAUCCUGUUUCCAUUCAGGCGCCGUCAAUCCGGAAAAGAACAACACAACGUGGUUUCGUUUUGGGGAAGUCCUCACUUGGUGGGACGUUCAUGGAGCAUGUGUCAGCAACCCUCCCAAGAUGACAGGCUGCGUGUGCAGUUUGCUCAAAUAGCAGGCUUGUGCAUGAUACCGCUGAUUAAGGGGUUUGCGCGUGUAGGAUCGCGUAGGCGAUGUAACUGACUUUUUGGCACGAGUUAGUUAGACUAUUGUGUUGAAAAGACAGCCAGUUCCAUGCGCGCUACACGCGUGCCAGGCUGCACUCUACCCCUAGGACAGUGCCCUGGGCUGUUGGUUUAGAUGCUGUCAAACACCGGUGAUGAGGACUACUUGGGUUCGUGCGAAGAGGACGAUGAGGAGCACGGGGGUGAGGAAGACGACGAUACUUUCGAAGAAGUUGACUUCGAGGACUUGAAUGAUUGUCAGAGCAUCGCGUCCGAUGACUCCUUCUACCCGCCGGAUGAUGCGUUCGCGGACUCGGAGCGUUGCCCAUCUCUGGGAAGCCCGGAGCCGUUGUCCUUUUUCCAGGCGUGCUGCACCAACAACGCGGCUGUCGUCCGGAUAAUGAUACGGCAUGGAGUGGAGGAGGAGGAGGUCAGGAGGACAGACAGGAAUAACAGGACAGGGCUGUUGGUUGCGUGUUACCAAGGUUAUGUGGAUGUCGUCGUAGCGCUGUCUCAGUGUCCGUACCUGGAUGUCAACUGGCAAGACAGUGAGGGAAACACAGCUCUCAUCACCGCUGCACAGGCAGACUGUGUAUCGUGGCCUCCAGUAGCGACCGCCCCUCUCUCUGUUCUUCAAGGCCACAUAACAAUCACCAACUAUCUGCUGAACUACUACACUGGGCUGGACAUAGAGAGGAGAAACUGCCACAGCUUCACUGCUCUGAUGAAAGCUGCCAUGCAGGGCAGGGUGGAUUGUGUGCGCUCACUCAUGAUGGCAGGGGCUGCGUUGAACUCGAGGGAUUUUGGCCGCCACUUUACUGCCAGAGAGUGGGCCUUAUUUACAGGCCGGUAUGAAACGGCCUGGGUGAUGACACGGCUGAUGGAACGACCCUGUCCCCGCCAGUUCUGUGAUACGUACAGUCUAGAGUGGGCCCCAUUGGUAUCACUGGUGGCCAAAGCCCAGGAGCCUCGUGGCUGUCUGAAGCGACUGUCCAAUACCAUAAGGAACAUCUUCAGCAUCGCAAAUGUCACCAGCCCUGAGGAUGCAGGUGUUAUUGACCACAUGGUUUCUAUUACAACAGCUAUGAGGAGCCCUUUCAUUGCAGUGUCAUGCCACACAGUGUGUCCUGACAGUCCCCCAAGUGUGGGCAAACGGUGCUAUGCAGUUCCUGAGAUCAUCCACCAGCAAUGCACCAAAGAGCUCUGCUCCAUCAACCCCGAUGGGGUAGGCUGCUACCUCAAACUCUUCCAGAACUCACGAGUCACACUGGUGACCAAGAACUCAGCAGACCGCCAGGCCAGCCUCCAGCCUCAGGGCCCAGUGCUGCAACAUAAGAGUUCCAGCCUGGGUAUGGUGGCACGUAAUGAAGACCUGGAGCUGCAAAGAACCAGCAUCCUGCCCAUGCACAUGGUGCUGAGAAGGAGCAGUGUCAGGCCAGGCUUCAGCAUUCCCAAAGUGAGGGUGUCCAAGGCACCUACACCAACUUACCAACCAGAAAGGAUCCAGAGGAAGAGCAGCGCCAAAGAUGGAGGGGGUCACCUGCUGCAGAUCCCGCAGUGGCGCUAUAAAGAGCUAAAAGAAGAAAGGAGAAGAGCCGAGGAGGCUGAGAGGAGGAGGAUGGAGGCUGUAACCAAGAGACAUGUUGCUACUGUGAGAAGAAAAUAAUAUUAUUGUUUCAAAGGAAGUGAUGCACACUGAUCUGGAAAGAUACAAAUCUGUAGUGGUUCCACUGUUUUAUGCUGGAUGGGUCAUUAGGUUGAUAAGACUUGGUUCCGAUGUUUUCUACAGUCUUCUGAGCUCAGGGUGAGCCUAGCAGAGGGCAGAAGACUGGAGACAGACUUGUCUGCUGAGGUUUGCACCCUCAGUUGAAUUCCAGUCGCUGUCAGAAGAACGUAUGCAGGCUGGCCUCUUAAAAAAAUGGCCCUGACAGUAUUAGAAGUACAUUAGAAGCUCAGUGUCCUUUGUGAUGUCAAACAGUGAAUACCCAGGGGAUUUGAUACUUGAAAUCUUUAUAUAUAACUUAUUUUUCAUAUUUAUUGGUUUUUAAUGAAUGGUCAAGUCUAUAUUUUGAUACACUAUGGGUGAUCCAUGCAAUAUUGUCUGUGUAAUGUGGCACUGAAUUGGACCAGAAGACACUUAAGACUUUUUUCAGACAUUAACCACAGCAAACAUGUUUAUCUUUCUGCUUAAAAUGGAAGCAAUUUAUUAUGGAAUAAUGUCUGCGGUAGAGGAUGCUAAGGGGCAUGUUAUAUUGGUUGUGAAAGGUUUGUAACUGCAUUUGUGAUAGCAAUAUUUUAGAUGCUUUUUGGUUUGCUUUAUGAAUACAAAUAUGUCAAUGUAUUUUGCUUAUAUUUUAUAAUAGAUUUUAUUGCUUUUUGAUGACAAACCCUUUUAUUCUUUAUCCAGUAUGGACUUUUUCACACACUGAAAUAUUUUAAUGUUCAAAACCCAAACUGAAAUGUAGAAUACUACUGUGAUGUAACAUUAAAAUCUUACCAGGUGUGAAAGAGAGUUAAAAUUAUUUCUCAAAUGUUUACAUUGCAAAACCACAAUUACACAGGUUAUACUAUUGAUUAAGUAUCAUCCAAUGAGUGAGAUUCACGUGCUUGGUCUAUGCAGGGUAUGGAUGAUUUGAACAAAAUAUACGCUUGUGCAAAUAGUAAUGGCAGAUAUGGU